UGUGUGUGUGUGUGUUUUCCAUCUACCUCCUGCAAAGCACACUCCACUGACUGUUUGGAUCUAUCAGCGUGUACCUGAUCUCUCUUCCGCGGCUGGACUGAGGAAAUAAGGGAAAUAAGCAGUAUCACGGCGGGCCUAUCCCGUGGCAUCACGGAAGAGUUGUCACGAUGAUAGUUACAAUGCUAACUGCCAUGUACAUGGUGGUCAGGGUAGUUGAAAAGAUUGGAGUGCGGUUUGCGCGCAGGGAUCCUCCCUUGCCUUUCGUGGUGACCCAGGUUCUGCCCUGGCAGGUGCACCAUGUGUCCCAAAAGAGGAGGAGCAGCGCAACAGCAGAGUACGAUGGCCCGAGGAGGAACAGCCUAGGAGUGUUCAGAAAGAUAAAUUCGGACCUCUUCCCCAAUACAACGUUGGCUGUUGCUGUUGCCACUUUGGCUGUGCCCUGUCUCCUGACGUGCAACCGGAAAGACUCCGCCUGCAGCAACGGGUGUGCAGCGGCGCCCCUCGGCCUCACCCUGCCCGUGGAGAAAGCUGCCGCCACCAUCCAGAACCAGUUCAGGAAGUACCAGCAGAAGAAGAAGGAGACCAAGUAGAAGCACACCCGCACCACCCGAGCUCUGCAAGACAGACAGACGGACACAAACACACUGGCGGGGGACACAGACAGACAGACAGACAGACAGACAGACAGACA